GACAUACGCGUGUCUGUGCAGAGCUUCCUUCUUCUUUGUGACUUUUUAUCCGCACCAAAGUCAACAAGUAGAUCUGCCAGUACUCUAGCUUCAGCUUGUCCUUGGAAGCCACCGUUCUGCAUUAUUAACUAGACAGAGGUGUCCUGGCUACUAGACUAGUACAUUGGUUUGGGAGAGACAACCGAACUAGCACUAGUUUCAAUCUCGAAAAAUAGAGUUUGUAGUUGUUGUUCAUCCGUGUGGCGUAGAUCUGCGAUUGUGCACAGGGAAGACGCCAUCCGGCUUACGGUUCCUAAUAGCUGGACUGGAAAACAGCAACAACAACAAUCGCACCAGUCGCGUUUUGCUUCUCCGUUCACGAUGCAGAAAUCAUUGUUUGAGAGCAUUCCACAGCGGCCAGCGUCCAAGGGAGAGCUGAAGCACAUGCCGGUGUUCCAGCUGAAAGAGCGGCUAGACCGCCAGCGGAAGAUCCUUGCCAACCCAGCAUUGGUGCAGCGUCUGCCCGACAAAGGCGCCAAGAUUCGGCAGCAAGUCGCAGACCUGAGUGCUGCCCUGGACGGCAGGGAGUCCAUCGACCAGGCCGCUAAAACCCUCGAGGCCAUGACGCUGGACGGCAGCGGUGCUACAAGCGAGGACACCGACCCACAUCCUAUGCUCAAUCAAACACGGCGGGUUACUCGGCAUGAGGUGGCAGAAAGAAGCAGCGUUGCUAUUCCUGACGAUGAACCAGCAGGGGAUCGCCAGCCAGUUGCUGACGCGUCGGACAGUACCACAGCCUUCACUGGCAGUAAGAAUAGUGCAGCUGGCACCCCGCAGAACUCAUCGGGCUCUGCAACGAAACGCCGUCCAGCUAAGGACAUUGCUGCCGUGCGGGAACGAAUCAUACAGUCAGCACCAACGAAAUCGAAAGUCUUGUCGCUAGAUGAGUCGGCAGUUCUUCUCCAAGAUCAAGAGAAACGUCUCAAGGAAAUUGAGCGUAAGAACGCGGAGGAGCACUUGAAGAAGACGGUGGGCAAGUACAACAUUGGUCCACUGCCCGGCACAUUACCGGCGGAGUUUCAACAACAUCGCGGCGCUGUGAAGAAGCCGCCGCACUCCGUAGGCGACCGGCAAGCUGUGCGGAUAGCCUCGCUCAAGCAGAGCUUCGUCGACGUUGCCGACGAUGACGGCGGUGAGGGAGAAGAGGAGGAGGAGGAGGAUGUCAACCAUGGGCACGAGCAUCUACUCGGAGUCGAUGACGAGGAUUUGCCCGACCUGGCUUGCACUGCGGCUGACGCUGCUGCGAACCAGGAGUUAGACUAAACCAACACUUGCGCGUACACGCACAAUACUGACCUUCAAUCUGCUGUUGAGUUUUUCAUGUACGAUAGCUUCUCUCCUUUUUUUUAAAGUGAUAUCUCCUAUUCAAUUUUAAUGCCACAUACGAGUUUUUUUUCUGAAAGGGUUUUGUUUCUCGCCUUAUAUAUCUUUUCUUUUUUUCAAUUAUUUGAUUCUCAACUAUAACCGCAACCUAUCGCCACAACCUAUCGAUGCUGGAAAUGCCCAAUGCAUGAACGUG